UACAAUUGUAGUACAUGUAUCUGUGCGACUGUCUUGUGGUACGACUUACUGACAAUAUGACGUCAGAUGGCUGGACGGUUGCACGAGCCUCUUACACCGCAUCAUAUGAUAAGAUAUGAGACUAAUAUCAGAGACAGUGAGUCAGCCUGGGCCAGAACACACACGGUUGAGUCUCUAAUUACCACUUUAGACAUGAGUUGUCUUCCCUGGUGUGUUAUUGAAAUUCCUGAUGCACUCUAAAUCUGUCCAAUUCCUGAAACUGGAUUCGGAUAUUUACCAAGGAUCCUGCCAUCGAGACAGGAACACAAAGAAAUGCUUGAAUUAAUCUAAAGUUUGGCCUUCAUUGUGUUAAUAACAAAAACAAGUGACCUAAUACUUUUAACUGAGAGUCUGUAAUCUAAUUAAGUCAAAUUCAGCUUACUUAACAUUUAUCAAGUGAAAGUUAAGGAUGCAUCAACUGAUUCAGAAGUGGUUCUUUCUACUUUGAAUAAUGGUCCAUCAAAGAAUCCAAGCACAAUCGCAACAAAACUGACUGAUCCUGUAGACAGUACAAAAGCCUAAGGACUCUGUUUCUACCAUGCUUACAACUGGAAUGAGCAAAAAAUCUUUUUAACCAAGCCGACUAAUAAUUCUUGUGUGAACAUGAAUAUGAUGAAUAAUCAUGGAAUUCAGCAGGCCUCACAGAAAACUUUCAACACCAACAACCUAUGAAUGCUGCAGUUAUCAGAGCUUAGUGUGAACACAUAAAAAGCACUGAAUACCAUGUCUCGGCACCAAGAUACAGCAGAUCCUGACUCUAACACUGAUCUUAAGGACCAUUCAAUUGUCAGCAAUUCAGGCAUUCUCUUUGAUCUGAACAAUGGAGUUCAAACUCCUGUUACUCUUAAUCAGCUUGUUGAUAACAAAACAUUACCUGAGAACGAUUCAAAAACAGUAUUACCAGCAGAUGUGGAGGUUACAGAACAGAGGUUUUCGGUCAUCCUUCAACCUGUUCAGAAAGAGGAUUUACCACCUGUCCCAAACUUGGAUCCACCAACAGAAAUAAAAACCGAAAUAGAAAUGGAAGAAACCUCAGUUGAUGAAGUUAUGGAGCAGAGCUUUCCUGUCAUCCUUCAACCUGUCCAGGAAGUGGAUCCACCAUCACUCUCAAAUUUGGAUCCACCAAUAAAAUUGGAAAAUAAUGAAGUGAAAAUAGAGGAAACCUCUGUUGUUGAUGAAGUCCAGUCUGCCACCCCUAUGAGUGAAGAACAUGAGGAACAAAGGGUGGAAGAAAGUCUUCCUGCAGAAAGUAGCAAUCAUUGUGGAACAGAAAUACGAGAGACAAAUGGUCCCCCUGUGAAGGAAAAACAGAAAAUAUCUCGGAAAACAAGGACUUCAUUGAUACGUGACCACUCUUAUACAAAGAACCACAAAAGCCAUAAUCGAGUGAAACCUGGUAAAAGGAAUAGGAACAGAGAUGCAGGAGUAAAAAAAAUGAGGUUGGAUAAAGAUCUGGAAGGUAGUUCAGAAGAAGGAGAAAAAGGCUGCAGUGAUCAAGAUGAAGAAAUUCAACAGGAAGAGCAGAAUGAAGACAUGGAUGUUCAAGAAGUAAGCGACUCUGACGAAAGUGGCUGUUCUGAUGUAUGGCCAUUGUUAAGCAAAGGUUGUGAGAAAAGCAGUUGGGAAGUUUUAAGUGAAACAUCAAUAGCCAGAGAUAGAAAUCAUCCUGAAAUUUAUGUGACAAGAAUUCAGAAGAAUACAUUUACAACAGAUGGGAAAAUGAAGAAAUCUAAUAGAGUAUACAACAGCAAACAUCCUUGUCCAUUUUGCUAUCAAUUCCAGACAAACUUUUCACAUCAUGUUUUGUCAAAAAAACAUGCUAAAGAACGUGAAGUUCAAGAAAUAUUGAAACAUGAAGCCAAUUCAAUAGAACGGAAAAGACUGAUGAACAUUCUUAGGUUAAAAGGAGAACAUCAACAUAAUUUAGAAGUUAUUGAAAAAAAGGCAGGUGAAUUUCUACUAGGUAGAAGAAAUACCAAUGGUGACUUUGACUAUGAAGAGUAUACUCCCUGUCCAAAUUGCUAUGAGUGGAUCAAACCAUCUAAUCUCAAGCGUCAUCAACCACAUUGUCCAGCAAAAAGGGAAUUCAAUGUGUCGAAGGGAUGUCUUUUUAUUCAGAGCGAAAUUAUUACGGGCAAAAUUCCCAAAACAGCAUCUCAAAGUCUUGUAAAAGAAGUGUUUCCAAUCAUGCUGGAUGAUGAAAUAGGGAAACUUGCAAGAAUUGACCCUUUGGUUAUUAAUCUUGGCAAUCAAUGUAUGCAGAGGAACAGAGACAAUAGAACCAUGGCGAAGUAUUAUACUUCAUCCAUUAUGAGACGGGCCACGAAAUUGUUGAUGAAUGCAAGGGAGUCACUCAAUGAUGCCUCGCUUGAUAUGGACUGCCUCCUACAGCCAAAAUACUUUGACACUAUUGUGAAAGCAGCUUUGCUAUGCAGUAAACCAGAUGAUUUUGAUGAGGAAAAUCUUCAGGCUCCCAGUACUGCCUUAAAGCUUGGGUUUGACAUCAAAAGAAUGACUUCAGCGAAAUUAAGUUAUGCCCUGAUGAAAAAUGACCAACUGAAAAUGGAAGAGUCAAAAUCAAUUUUAACACUGAUGAAAAUUGAAUGGGGACAGCGUGUGACUCAAUUAGCCAAAACACUUUUGCAGGAAAGGACUUUUAAUAGGCAUACAGAGUUGCCAUUACCUGAAGAUAUAAAGAAGUUGGCAGCAUACAUGAAAAAAGAACUAGGUACAUUAGAUCUUAAGGAUAGAAGCUAUGAAAAUUACAGAAGAGUUGCUCGACUGGUUCUUGCAAGAUUGACAUUGUAUAACAGGAGAAGAUGCCAUGAGAUGCAGGCUUUGAGGUUGUAUUCCUAUUAUUCUCGCAAAAAAGGCAUUGAUGGAGUUGCAGUUCAGCUCAUAGGAGAUAUGACUUCAUUUGAGAAGGAGUUGGUUAAAAGACAAGAGUUACAUGUAGUAGAGAUCAGAGGAAAGAUGGGACUAGGAGUUCCUGUGCUUUUGCCAAAGGAUGUAUGCAAACCCAUGAUUUUCCUGGCAAACAAACAUGUCCGUGAAGAAGCUGGCAUACUUGAAUGCAAUCCAUACCUUUUUGCCAAUUCUCAAGCUGGAGUUUUCCGUGCAUAUGAUUCCAUCAGAAGUAUUAGUGAACUUGCUGGCUUAUCCAACACGCACCUCAUCAAAACGAUCAAUAUGAGGAAGUACAUGGCAACCAUGCUGCAGUGUUUAGAUACCACUGAAAAUGUACAACAGUGGAUCGUUGACCAUCUAGGCCACACUAUGAACAUCAACAAGCAGCAUUUCUGUCAAACAUCUGACAUUUCAGACAGAGUGGAAGUUGCAAAAUUGCUUCUGAUUCAUGAUUUAAACAUGGUACACAGAUUCAAGGGAAAACAAUUGAAAGACAUUCAGAUUAAUGAUAUAGUGGGAAUUGAUGAAUUUUCAAAGGACAAGCACAGUCCAAGUCCACCCUUCCCAUUGCCUUCCCCUGAGACUGAGGUUGACAUCCCGGAUCUGAAUUGUUUUUCAGAGGAUGAAGAUGAUUCAGAUUCAGAAAUUCAAUCUAAAGAAGCACUAAGGACUUCAUGUUCCUUACGUCGGAAGUGGUCCAAGGAGGAAGAAAAGGAAUUGCGGUCCUUAUUCAGCGAGUGUUUUGCAGAGUACAGAUGUCCGAAGCGAAGAGAAGUAGAAACGCAGAUGAAGAUGAGCGAAAGGAAAAAUGGUUUAAUACACAAAAGACCUAGAGACAACAUCAAAAAGAAAAUUUCACAAAUGCUUGUAAAAAAGCGUAUUGAAAAUAUUGAAUUAAUUUUGUAGUUAACUUGUAUGAAAAAGUGUUGGAUAGGAGUCAACAGUAUGAUGGAAUUAACUUUUACAUGAAUCUGAUCUCAAAUUCUUAUUUGUCUGUGUAUAUACCUGUAACAUUUAUUAAUGUGAUACAUAUUCAGUCAGAGCGGGGGGAUUACUAGUGAGCAUUGGCUCA